AUGGCCACGGGCUCGGUGCGAUACAAAUUCAAGAGCGCGAAAACCUUCGACGCCCUCGCGUUCGAUGGCGCCUUCAUCGCCGUCGGUGAGCUCCGACGACGGAUCAGUGAGAAGAAAGGGCUGUCGAAGGACUCGGCGUGCGAGCUCGUGUUGCAAGACGCGUCGACUGGGGUGGAUUACGACGACGACUCGGCGUUGGUGUGGAAAAACGCGAGCGUGAUCGCGCGCCGGGUGCCGGUGAUGCGCUCGCAGGCGAUCGGGACCUCCCAGGGGGCGAGCGUGGUGAAGAAGGUUGUGUACGUCGCGCCGCCGGACGUGUCGCAGAUACCGAGUAAAUCGAGUCAACGACGAUUGCAGAUGAAUUUGAAUAAGAUUACGAAACCGGAGGGCGACGUCGCGGGCGAGGAUAACGCGUUGGCGAACAUGGCUCGGGAGCAGACGCAGAGUUGGGAGAGCGAGAAGUUGGCGGCGAACGCGCAGGCGGGGGUGAGAGGGGGGCGGGGGGGGGGGCGAGGGAUGGGUCGACGCGGGGACGGACCGCCGGGUCCGGGGUACAUUUGCUUCAAGUGUAACAAGGGUGGACAUUGGAUUCAGGAUUGUCCGCUCGCCGCGGAUACCACGGUGGAGAUCGUGCGGACGAAGCACGCGUACGGGAUUCCGCAGACAAAGCUCGAGGCGGCGACGGGAGGGAUCCUGGUCGCCCCCACGGGGGAGUCCGCGCAAAUGGUAGCCGCGGAGGAUGAGUUUCAGAAGAUGUUUGGCUUCUUACAGGAUCGCGGGAAGGAGACGCUGGCGCUCGGGAACGGUGAGAGCGAGACGCUCGCUCUCGGCAACGGCGAAAAUGACGAGGGGGAGAAGCCCGAAGCGGAUAACGCACCCAGCGAGCCGGCGCCUCCGCCGCUUCCCGCCGGUUUCGUUCCUCCGAUGCCGCCCGGUCCGCCUCCGACGGGAGCGCUGAAGCGCGAGCCCGCGCCCGCGCCCGCGCCUGAGAUGAACAUGGAUCUCCUCGAUCCCAUGGGGAUCAUGUCCAUGGACACCUCGCUCGAGGGCUUACAAAAGAUGGCGGAGGAGCUGAAGAAACAACAAGAUCUUCUGGAUUCUAGUAAAUUGAACGUAUUGGGGGUGAGCGCGCCACCACCGAUGCCACCGAUGCCACCGAUGCCACCGAUGCCGGCGAUGCCUCCGCCGCCAGCAGACGCGGCGAGAGGCAAUGUGCCCAUGGGACCGCCGGUGUUCGAGGAGGACGAAGACACCAUCGUGAUGUUAGCGGGAGAGGAAGAGGAGCCAGAGCCAAAGGCUUCGCGUGCGCCGCCACCGCCGCCCGCGAUCAGACCGGGGCCGCCGCCGCCACCGGCUGUGAUUCCCGACGACAUCGCCAAGGCGCACGAGGAGCAGAUGCAGGCGCAAGAGAACGAUGUUCGCGCGCGCGAUGACUCGCGCGAACCGGGACCGCGUUUCGGAACGGGCGUGAGACAGUCCACCAAUCGUGGCUCUCGCGGAGGGAGAAGAGGUCGCGCAGAGUCUCGAGAGCCACCGGCGUCGAAGCGAAAUCGCUCGCGCGAUACCUCUCGCGACGCAGUUCCCAAGCGCGGUCGCGUCACGCCAACCGAAGGCGAGCCGAAUGCGAAACGACGCAAGGACGAUAGUGGUAGCGUAUCGAGAGAUAACUCGGCGGAAAAUUUAGCCAGUGGUGGUUCGAGACGGUCGCGGGGUGGAAGACGUACUCGAGGCGGAAGGAACAGACGCGGCGGAGGCGAUGGCGGAGGCGGAGGCGGAGGAAGGAGCGACGUCUUGACGAGGAUUGGAUCGUAA